CAAAUAGCACCGGGAGAAGACUGGGAAACAGCAGGGAAGGACAUUUCAGCUAAAAGGGAAAAGGUUGUUGAUGGUUCUGUUCAAAGAAAUAUCACAAAGAAGAAAAGCUUAACUGAAAGCCUGAAAGUAAAAGAAGCUUUGCGAUCCCUUGUGAGAGGAAAAAACAAACAUUUUGGCUCAUUGGAGAGAAAAAUCCACCAAAGUCCACCAAGCCAAUAGGUACAGGCCAGCCCAUAGCAAGGAGAAGUGGUAGCUGUGGCGGCCUCUCUCUUUUCAACAUGGCGUCUGUGAAAGAGGUAUCCAGCUUCACUGAGGACCUGCUGUGCCCCAUCUGCCUCUCCAUCUUCCGAGACCCACACAUGCUGGAGUGUGGCCACAGCUUCUGCGCCCCGUGCUUGGAGCCCUGCAUCCCCAAGGGCCAGAGGCGCGGGCUGUGCCCCGAGUGCCGGCGACCAUUUGCUUUGCGCCGCAUGGCCAUCAACCGAGCCCUCUGCAGCCUGGCCGAGAAGGCCCGCCUUCUCAAGCUGGACGAAGGUCCCCAGGUCGGUGGGACCGGAGGCUGGUACUUCUGUGAGGAGCAUGAGGAGCCGCUCAAACUCUUCUGCAGCCAGGACGAGGGGCCCGUCUGCGUGAUCUGCCGUGACUUGCCUCAGCAUCGUGGGCACGACUUCCUGCCCAUCAAAAACGCGGUCCAGGCCUAUCAGGACCAGCUGAAGGCAUCUCUAGAGCCUCUGGAGGAAGGUCUCAGGCGGUUGAAGAUGAGCCAGUGUCGCCAACAGGAGAACAUUAUAGAACUGAAGACCUGCUCCGAGUCCUUGUCUGACCACGUCUCUGGGGAAUUUGUGAAGAUGCACCAGCUGCUGAGCGACAGAGAGCUGGGUUUAAAGGAGGCCCUGGAGAAUCAGCGAGAGAAGAACUUGGCCCAGAUGGAAACCAAGCUGAAGGAACUGAACUGGAAGGUGGCCUCUUGGUCGGAGACCCUCUGCCGGGUGCAGGCGGGACUGGAAUGCAAGGACCAAAUCAGUUUCCUCAAGGAGGCAAAAGAGUUGCUGGAGAGGGUCCGCACAGAGCAAGGAGCCCAGGUUGAUGAGGAAGAGGAAAUAGAAGCUGAGGCGGCGGAAGACAUUUUGGGAGCCAGCAGUGAAGACACAGACGAGUGUGAGAAUGAGACGGAUGAGGGGCUGGCGAGAGAUGAGGGAGAUGCCUAUGAGGAAGAGGAGGAGGAGGAAGAAGAAGAGGAGGAGGAGGAAGAAGAUGAGGAGGAGGAAGAGGAGGAAGAAGAAGAGCGAGUGCGAGAGAUGGCCGCAGAGGAAGAAGACGAAGAUGGAGUGGUUCCUGUGGACUUGAACCUGGGCGAGUUCAAGGGCCCUCUGCAGUUCUACGCCUGGAAAGAGCUCUUGGGUGCCGUGCAUCCAGUCCCUGCCUGCAUCACUUUGGACUGCAACUCCGCUCACCCCAGCCUGGUCCUUGUGGAGGAAGCCACCGGGGUCAAGUUCAGCCCGGGGCGACGCUUCUGGCGACGGAAACCCGAGCGCUUCACCUCGAGCCCUUGUGUGGUGGGCCGGAAGGGCUUCACCACGGGCCAGUACUACUGGGAGGUGCGUGUCGGGGACAGCGCGGGCUGGGUGAUCGGGGCGGCCAAGAAGUCGGUGAAACGCAAGAAGCGCCUGAACUUCCGGCCCAAGGAAGGCGUGUGGGCCAUCGAGCUGCGGGCCGGGGAAUACCGAGCCCUGAGCGAGCCGCGGACCCUGCUCUCGGUCUGUGGGAGGAUGGAUAAGGUGGGGGUCUACCUGGACUUUGAAGGGGGUCAGCUCUCUUUCUACAACAGCAGCAGCAUGAACCACCUCUACACCUUCCAAGUGUCCUUCCACGAGGAACUGCUUCCUUUCCUCAGCACCCAAGGCAGCCACCCGCUAUCUGUGUGGGACCUGGAGCUCUGAGUUGCUGGAGAGCUUUCAGAGAUGGGUGGGAUCCCAUCGCAGAACCACCAAAGUCAGGCUGCUGAUCCGGAGCCCUCGAGAAACAAACCCCGCUUCAAAGGUUAUUUAUGUAUGCUACGACCGCUGCCAGAACUUUGUUAGCCCCAAAAUGGAAAGUUCCAGAAUUACCAGCAAUAGAGGAGAUGGUUGAUUAUGCGGAACUAGCAAAACUGACCUGUAGAAUCCAAAAUCAGGAGGAAGCAAAAUUCCAAGAAGAUUGGAGUAAAUUUAUGGAGUACAUAAAUAACAACUGUAGAAAUCUGAAGACUCUGGCAGGACUGGAAUAAAUCUUACGAUGUAGAUAGAAUUGGAUACAAUAAGAAACUCUGGAAAAGUAACUGACAUAAGAAAACCUGUUGAAGGGAGGGAAGGAAGUCAAUGCUCAGCAGAGUGUGGGGGAAAGAAUGUGGGUAAAUGAUUGUUGAAUUUUACUGUAUUUUGUUUGUUUGUAUUAAAUGAAACACCAAUAAAAAGCAUGAUAAAAAUUUUUAAAAAAGAAAGAAAUCAGACUUUUGGCAAUAAAGCGACUGCGCUGGAAAGAGCAAGGUAACACACGCUGUGAGGCAACACCGUCUAAUUUCUCCUCAAAUGAAUCAGAAUGAAUCAACAUUACAUAGUUUAGGGCAUGUCAUUUUAAGGGGCAAAGCUUAAUUUCUGCAAAUUUCUUCUGCAAGCGGUCUUAAUAAUACAUUUUUGGCUGUGAGGAAUUCAAAUCUGCUAGGUUUUUUUGUGAUCAGACAACAUUUAGCCUUGUAAGUUUGAUGAAGAAGCGUAUGAACUGCUUUUGGAAAACCAAGGAAUUUUAAUUUUACCUCAUGAAAAUGUCAGGUAAUGCUGAAUAAUCACAAUGACAAUAAUAAAUAUAAAUAAAAUUCAUAUAUAACUGCAA